GAAUAGAUAGUCGGUUAGCACAUGUCCUCCAGAUCAUAUUAUCCGCCUACAAAUAUAGCCUGUUAGCGCACAGGCACGGAAGGGUUCUUCCGGCUCGGCCGUGCUGCUCAGCGGGUGUAAACAGCCUCUGCGGUGUCAACUGCCGCGGCGGGCAGGCCGGGACAGUCAGCGCCCGCCCCUCGGGGCAGGUAAUUUCACGUUCCCAGAAUGGGGCAUAAAGUGGUUGUCUUCGACAUUUCUGUCAUCAGAGCCUUGUGGGAAACUCGUGUCAGGAAGCACAAGGCUUGGCAGAAGAAGGAGGCGGAAAGGCUUGAGAAGAGCGCCUUGGAGAAGAUAAAGGAAGAGUGGAACUUUGUGGCCGAAUGCAGGAGGAAGGGCAUCCCCCAGGCGGUGUACUGCAAGAAUGGCUUCCUAGACACCAGUGUGCGGCUGCUGGACAAGAUAGAAAGGAACGCUCUCACAGGGCAGAGUUCACGUCCCAAGGACAGAGGCAAACGGAGCAGUGCGUUUGUGUUUGAACUUUCUGGGGAGCACUGGACGGAGCUCCCAGAUUCAUUGAAGGAGCAGACACACCUGAGAGAAUGGCACAUAAGCGAUACCCUGAUUCAAAUCAUUCCUACAUAUAUUGAGCUGUUUCAAGCCAUGAGAAUUCUGCAUCUGCCAAGAAACCAAAUCUCACAUCUUCCAGCAGAAAUCGGUUGUUUGAAGAACCUGAAGGAACUCAAUGUCAGUUUUAACCAUCUGAAGAGCAUUCCUCCAGAAUUGGGAGACUGUGAAAAUCUAGACAGACUGGAUUGUUCUGGAAAUCUAGAGUUAACGGAGCUGCCCUUUGAAUUAAGUAAUUUGAAGCAAGUUACCUUUGUAGAUAUCUCAGCAAACAAGUUUUCCAGCGUCCCGAUCUGUGUCCUGCGGAUGUCUAAUUUGCAGUGGUUGGAUAUCAGCAACAAUAACCUGACUGACCUGCCGCAAGAUAUAGACAGGCUAGAAGAGCUGCAGAGCUUUCUCUUGUAUAAAAACAAGUUGACCUACCUUCCCUACUCCAUGCUGAACCUGAAGAAGCUCACCCUGUUAGUCGUCAGUGGGGACCAUUUGGUGGAGCUCCCAACUGCCCUUUGUGACUCAUCUACACCUUUAAAAUUUGUAAGCCUUAUGGACAAUCCUAUUGAUAAUGCCCAAUGUCAAGAUGGCGAUGAAAUAAUGGAGAGUGAACGAGAUCGCCAACAUUUUGAUAAAGAAUUCAUGAAAGCCUAUAUUGAAGACCUUAAAGAAAGAGAAUCUGUUCCCAGCUAUACCACCAAAGUGUCUUUUAGCCUUCAACUUUGAUAUCCAACAGAAGACUGCAAAUCUCAUUCUUCUCUGGAGCUGUAAAUCUUUGUUACGGUCAUGUCAUACAGGUAGAAUGGUUUGUGCUUAAGAACACAGUCUAGAAACCACUAUCGUAGUUGCUAGAAAAAAUGGUUUUCAAAUGUCAAGUACAUGAAUACCUCCCUCUAUGGACUGGAGAAUUGAAAAAUUGGUUUAUAUAUUGCUAUUUCCAGGUUCAUUUGCAUACACUUACUUCCAAGUAAUGCACAUUUAGUAUGUUUUAAAAUGUCUUAUUUUUAAGAAUUAUAAUGGAAAGACCAAAUACUGAAGUUGAGUGCAUUGUUUUCAGGAACCACAAGAUAAAGGGGCCGGGCCGGAGCCUCACACCUGUAAUUCUAGCACUUUAGGAGGCCAAGGUGGGUGGAUUACCUGAGGCCAGGAGUUCCAGACCAGCUGGGCCAACAUGGUGAAAUCCUGUCUCUACUAAAAAUACAAAAAUUAGCCAGGCCUGGUGGCGUGCUCCUGUAUUCUCAGCUACUCAGGAGGCUGAGGCAGGAGAAUCUCUUGAACCCAGGAGGCGGAGGUUGCAGUGAGCCAAGAUUGUGCCACUGCACUCCAGCCUGGGUGACAGAGCCAGACUC